AAAUAAUGCUUGAGAUUGAAACAUUGAUUUUCUCUGGGACCAAAGAGAACAUUUCAUUGGAUAUUUUCAAAUACGCAAAAGCUACUAGACUUCGAACCCUGUUUGUUACAGGGGACAUAGAAAAGCAUAUGCAUGUCUUAUCACCCACAUAAAUUGUUAAACAUCUUGAUAUUUUAUCCUAUUUUUCAUUUGCUUUGAUGGAUAACAUGCGUACAUCCCCUUUUAUGAAAGAAUUUGGAGUCAAUUAUUUGAAGGUUUGAGUGGGAAAUCAACCUUAUCUUCACGUGGGCUCGGGAGCUUUAUUCAGAUUUCUUCAACUCUCUCCCCCCUCAAAUGUCUUCUUCAAAAUCGUAUCCGAUAGUCUCACUCAUAGGAAGGGCCAUAGGCCAGGACUUCUGAAAAGGCUUGACGAUAUGGGUUUAUACUUUAUUGAGCGAAGAGGAUGAUUCAUGAAUAUGGAGUCGUUCCUGUGACUCCACCCACAAUGAGAGGCUGAAAUUAUAUGUGAUGAUGGCACAUGGGCUGCACUGUACUGUUACUGUGGAUUCAUUAUAAAUCCUCUAUGAGACAGUUUGGAUUUUAUCAUCAGAGACUGUAAUCUUCACUUGUACUAGCUCUAUUUCUGCUCUGUUUUCCUCCUCUGCAAAUCUUAAUAUCUGUUUCUGUCAACUGGGUUUUUCUUGGUAGGUAUCUGGUCAAAAAGAAAGUUCAGUUGUUAUUUUGGGAAGGUAUUGGUUUUGUUUGUUUGGCACCUUGGCCACCCAGAAAAGGGAUUGAAAAAAAAGACGAGUAUGGAAGGCAAUGAUCAAGUGGGUUCUUCCUCCUCAUUCACUGCUGAUCUUUUUGGCACCAAGGAGCCAACAUCAUCUUCAAAGGGGACUUUCGCGUCUUUGUUCCCACCUGCAUCAGUGGUUUUAGGAAGGAAAUCAUCAAGCUCUGAAAUCAUAGGAUCUUGGGAGAAACAGUCCUCAGUAAAUCAAAGGUGGAUUAACAACCAAGGUACUGAGGGUGCAAACUGUAACAUACCCAACAAGGGAAGGAGUUCUAUUUUUCAGGAAGAAAAAGCAGAACCAUGUCACUUAAGUUCAUCUCUGUACUAUGGUGGGCAAGACAACUAUUAUUACUCACCAAGUAACCAAUCCAAUGGAUCAUACCCAAUAAUCAAGAAAGAUGCAGGAGAAGGUGAUUCUAAUGGAAACAGUCCAAACGAUGCCUCUAGAGGAAAUUGGUGGCAAGGUUCUCUUUAUUAUUAGGACCUUCAAGUCACAUAUGGAUUCUUCAUCUAUUUUUUUGAGGUAAGUUCUUAGUUGCGAAAUCAAUACACAGAAGUUGAUGGGUCCUUAAUUUCUUUACUGCAGGUUAUCUUCUGAGCUUGGUUGUUUGAUGACUAUAGUCUGUUUCCUAUCUAAUGUUUUUCAGGGAUUCAUGAAGCUUAUAGGGUAACAAGAUGUAGAAUAUAAUUAAGUAGCUAACAAGCAUAUAGCUUCAGGGGAUCUGUAAUGGCUCUUCCCAGCAGAAAAUCAGUGUGAUAUGAUCUUAUUUGAUAAGUACUUUAGUUAUGACCUAGGAGUUGUGCAACACUUCUCCACAGUUUCCACUCUGAACUGGUUUAAAAUGUAUAGAACGUUUAAAUAUUGUUUUGUUAUGCUUUUGUAAGCCGUAAGGCUGUCAAUGGUUCAUAGUCUAUUGCUUUUUUUGCUACUUUGAAGCUCCAUUACCUACAUCUCAUGGCAUUACUCA